AUGCCUCCACUCAUUGACAAAAUCGUCAUGCAGAUGUACAAAACCAAGAUCAAUGCGUGUCAUCUCGCCACCCUGGAGCAUACUGUCGGGCGCUUUUACUCCAGGGGUGUUGCUGUCCUUGACCCAGUUCUUUGUCAUUUCAUCGGAACUUAUCCUCGCAGGACCUUGCAAGAUCGCAGAAAGGUCAGACCUCCACUUGAAAGCGAUACUGAGUCAUCAGAUGAUACGGAUAAGCCCGGCGAACAACCGCCAGAAGAAGCGCAAGAUGCUGAUAAUCAGUCGGGAGAAGAACCACCAACACCAGCACCAGAACCAUUCGACUUCAAGAACUCGGAGAGAAAGUACCUCACUCACUGGCCCCAUCCCGCGGGCCGUGCAAAACCCUAUCACAAAGAUACAUUUCUUCUCCCCCCUGAGCUGCCUGUCAUCGGUCAUAGUAUAAAGCAUUGGUCCGGCGUCCGCAAGAACGGUAGUACAGCUGCGGCUCAUGACGGAUUUCCACUCAACAUUGGAAAAUACAAAAAGUACAUUCGGAGGAACGCGACGGAUGUGCUCGAUGCAGAUGACUAUUAUGAAGAAGAGACGAAUCAAUUGGCAGGUCGGAAGGACUACAAGGAGAACGGUCCCGGGGAGGGCGAUUUAUGA